AUGGCGUGCUCGCUGCAGGACUUGGCUUUCCUUGAAGCAUCCAAGGCAGCGGAGAUCGACGAGAAGUUGAUGGGGCCACUGGGUUUCUCUAUCGACCAGCUCAUGGAGCUUGCUGGGUUGAGCGUAGCUACUGCAACGUCCGAGUAUUGCGCGCAAAAUCUGCAGAGGAUCCUUGUUGUUUGUGGGCCAGGGAACAACGGAGGGGACGGGUUGGUUGCAGCUCGACACUUGUAUCACUUUGGCUACAAGCCUGUUGUGUGCUAUCCGAAGCAAACAGCGAAACCUUUGUAUCAGGGUCUGGUGACUCAGCUGGCUAGCCUUGACGUCCCCGUGCUGCAAGAGCUGCCCUCGGCGGAGGCGAUCGAACGCGAUUUUGACGUGGUGGUGGAUGCGAUCUUUGGGUUCUCCUUCAAGGGAGAGAUCCGAGCUCCUUUCGCAGACAUUAUCAGUACGCUGAAGAAGAUCUCGAAGCCAAUAGUCUCUGUCGAUGUUCCAUCUGGCUGGGACGUCAACGAGGGCAACAAGGGGGGAGUCGGCUUGGAGCCUGCAGUUCUGAUCUCUCUGACUGCACCUAAGUUGUGUGCGAAGCACUUCAAAGGGCACCAUUUUCUAGGGGGGCGGUUUGUGCCUCCUGCUAUCCGUGACGAGUUUGGCCUGAAGUUGCCAACGUACCCAGGUCUGUCUCGCAAGCGUCCGCUGUGA